AUGAAACUUUUAUCCGCAAGAGAUCGCCGACAUUCUGUAAGUAAUGCAUUUAGUAAUUAUGUUUUUACUAUUGCCAGUUGUCAGUCCUUAAUUUCGUUCAAUGUGAAUAUGUUAUAUAAGAAUGCAUAAUAAAUCGUGCCAUAUAUAUUCAUUAAAAUUAUAUGUAUUCAUUAUACCUAACAGGUGAUAAAUGCUAAGCGGUCAAGUACGUUGCUAAAAGAAGAAGGUGAACCCUCCACCUCGACUGAACAAGGUGAAACCUCGACAAUGGCUGAAGUUUUAUAUACUGACAAAGGUGAACCCUCUACUUCAACAUUGGCUGAUCAAGAUGAACCCUCAACAUGGCCUGGGCCUAGUGGUACAGAGGAUACAUUUGUCCAAGCAAUUGACCAGGUUGGUAAAUAUCUGUCUGUAUAAUUGGAUUCUAAACACUUGAAAGAUAAGUUGUAAACUAAUGUAUUUACUUAAUAUUAUUUUAUUUUAGACUAGCACACGUGAUAAUACAAAAGAUGGUUGGUGCCAAACUGUUGAAGUUGCUUGUAAAAAUUGCACAAAGCUGAAAUCAGAGCUAUUGCGAUUGAAGCAGACAAUACAGUAUUACCAAUCCAAAUUAAAUUUUUGUAAGUCACCAAUCAUUAUUUUAUAUCACUUAGCCACAUUAAUUUCAAGUGCUAUAAUAUUAAAAAAUUAUGAGUAUAGCUUUAUUUACUUUUGUAAUAUAGCAUUUGUAAAAUCCGAAUGCUGAUUGGCUAAGAGCCAUGUUGAUAUAACUCAACAUCUACACAGGAAAGUCGGAAAAUUUCUUUCUUUGUAUUUCUAUGUGCUAUAUUAUAGACACUCGUAGAAAUUGGGAAAACUCAAAAUUGUGUGAAAACACUCCGCCCUUCGGGUUCUUGUUUCCACAAAAUUUCUUGUUUUCCCAAUUCCACUCAUGUUGAUAUAACUGUAUAUCAAAAUGGAAAAUGUUUUAUAUUUGUUAAAUAAUUUAUGUAUAAACUUAAUAGAUGAUGAAAAGUUCUGUGAUGAUCAUGAUGUUGGCACAAUCAGUACAACCCGUGAAGACAGUGACGAUGAUGCCGGAGAUACUGAUAGUGAAGAUGACAGCAAUGAUGAUGAUUUGUUGGAGCCAUCUUCUCAAACAGAGACAGAAGAAGAACCAAUGAUGGUGGACGAAACAGUUUCAAGUGAUACAGAGCCAGAGGAUGAAAAUGUGACAUAUGGUAAAAGGUGUGCAAAUAGUUAAUGCAAUCAUUAAAAAGUACUUUUAAAAUGUUUUUGGGCAAUAUAUAUACUGUACAAAGUGUUGUGUUUAUUUAAUUAAAUGAAUAAUAUUCUUAACUUUAUCCUUAUAGCAUUUUUGCUAGUAAUAAAAACCUCAUGAUGGAACCGAAGUUUGUUGUCUUCCUCUCGCAACUGUUGGAACUAUUCAAAGUUUGUGCAACAUGCAAGAAGCCUGAUGUGCUGGUAGAAGUGAAAGAGUUUGGCACAAUGGUUCAAGUUGAGACGACGUGCAACAACAAAAGAUGUUCAGAGCGAAAUAUAGUCUGGAAAAGUCAACCAUUGAUGCCUGGCACUUUAACGUCAGCAGGAAAUCUACUGUUGUCAUUUGCAAUUCUAGUUGCUGGUGGAUCUGCUAGCAAAACGAUUAGGAUUUUUGAACACAUGGGAUUGGGUUGCAGGGCAUUUAGGCUAGUACUUGCCAUGGAGAAGAAGCAAAAAGAAGCCGAGCGCUCACGAAGAAAUCGUAGGAAACGAAAAAGUGAAUUCGAAAGAUAUAAGGAAUUCUAUGAGUAUGCGUAUGAGUAUUCUACUGAGAACAACAUGCCAUUUGUGCAAGAAUUUGAAGCAAAACGGCAGCGUCGUCAGCAGCAAGAGGAAACAGUCAUAGAGCCAAUGGCUAGAAGAGCAACAACCGGAGACGAGUAG